CUGGAGGAGAAGCCACCGCUCGCAUCUCUCGGCUCACAAUUUGUUUUAGCUUCAGUCUCAGUGAGAUUAUUUCCGAUUUAUCCGCCGUAAAUGAGUUGCAGAGGAGACAGUGAUGAAGACAGCAGCAGCAAACGGAGAGUCUCGUAUGUUUUCAGUCCGGAGUACAUCGAGACUUGCGACACUUUGUCCAAAGUACCAAACCGGGCGAGUAUGGUCCACUCACUGAUUGAAGCCUACGGACUGCUGAAACAUAUGAGCGUUGUGAAGCCUCAGAUGGCCACCAUCGAGGAAAUGGCCAAAUUCCACACAGACUCGUAUCUGGAGCAUCUUCACAAGAUCAGCCAGGACGGAGACAACGAUGACCCCCAGUCAGUCGACUAUGGCCUGGGUUACGACUGUCCAGUGGUGGAGGGAAUAUUCGACUAUGCGGCAGCAGUAGGGGGCGCUACACUCACAGCGGCUCAGUCUCUGCUCGACCAAAAGUGUGAGGUGGCCAUCAACUGGGCAGGAGGGUGGCACCACGCCAAGAAGGACGAGGCUUCGGGUUUCUGUUACGUGAACGAUGCUGUGUUGGGGAUCCUCAAGCUGAGAGAGAAAUACGAGAGAGUCCUCUAUGUGGACGUUGACCUACAUCAUGGAGAUGGUGUGGAGGACGCCUUCAGCUUCACAUCCAAAGUCAUGACCGUCUCUCUGCACAAGUUCUCCCCUGGAUUCUUCCCAGGCACGGGCGACCUGUGUGAUACGGGGCUGGGUAAAGGACGCUGGUACGCUGUGAACGUCCCGCUGGAGGACGGCAUCAAGGACGACAGAUACUACCAGGUUUUUACCAGUGUGAUGCAGGAAGUGCGGGCGCAGUUCAACCCGGAGGCGAUGGUGAUGCAGCUGGGGGCCGACACCAUGGCGGGCGACCCCAUGUGCUCCUUCAACAUGACCCCGGUGGGGGUGGGCAAGUGUCUGCAGUACGUCCUGCAGUGGCAGCUACCUACACUGCUGCUGGGUGGAGGAGGUUAUAACCUGGCUAACACAGCUCGCUGUUGGACCUACCUGACGGCAGCAGUGCUGGGAAAGACUCUUUCUUCUGAAAUACCUGACCACGAGUUUUUUACAGAAUACGGACCAGACUACUCGCUGGAGAUCAGCCCGAGCUGUAGACCAGACCGCAACGACACCAAACACCUGGACCAGGUCAUCAGCACCAUCAAAGGGAAUUUAAAGAAUGUGGUUUAGGAGUGGGCAGCCUCAGCCUCCUCCGCACACACUCGCACACACACCCACACACCACGUUUCCAAACCAGGUCGACG